GGGCCGGGCUUGGACAUGAGAACACAGACGAGACGCAUCCGCACGAAAUGUUUUGUGGCUGCGAGCGGGGAACCGGAGACGCUAACAAACUACAAAUAUCCACUAUUUUGCUUGCCGUGCACAUUGGUCUCGUCAAUGCCCAUCGUUCUCAGCAUCCCUUCGUCUUCUUCUCCGCCAGCGGCGUGGCCAAGAAGCGUCCGAUCAUGGGCGCCUCGUGCGGCAAUAGUCGAGGCCCGGCCAUCCUCCGUUAAUCUCGGAGGAGCCGCAGGGGGAGAUGCGGUGAUACGGCCCUCAUCUCUCUCCCUUUCCGUAUCUUCUAAGAAUCGUGCUGAUGAGAUGCAGGCGGAGGCCAGGGCCAUGGCCCGGGCCGUCUCUGCCUCUGUCUACAGUCCUCAGAUGCUCUCCCUUCGAUAUGGCUCUCAGCCAUUUAAGGUUGUUCUCAGGGCUCUUGAGAUAUUGACAGGGCUGGGUACUUUCGCCUUCCAGUUGUUCUUGGACCAGAGAGGGGGAUUUCUCCAGCAAAGGAUGCGGAUGAGGGCCGUUGAGCUGCGCGGGAUCUUAACUAGAUUAGGGCCAACUUUUGUCAAGAUUGGACAGGGUCUGUCCACCAGGCCUGACAUCUGCCCUCCAGAGUUUCUUGAGGAGCUGUCGGAAUUACAGGAUGCACUACCAACGUUUCCUGAUGCUGAGGCAUUUUCAUGCAUCGAGAAAGAGCUGGAGUUGCCGCUUGAAUCCAUUUUCUCAGCCAUAUCUCCAUCCCCAAUUGCUGCCGCCAGUCUAGGCCAAGUUUACAAAGCCAGACUCAAAUAUUCUGGACAGGUUGUUGCCGUGAAAGUGCAACGACCUCGGAUUGAAGAAGCUAUUGGGUUGGAUUUUUACCUUCUGAGAGGUCUUGGUUUUCUUAUAAAUAAGUAUGUGGACUUUAUCUCUAGCGAUGUUGUUGCUCUAAUGGAUGAAUUUGCCCGAAGAGUCUAUCAAGAGCUCAACUAUGUGCAGGAAGGCCAAAAUGCAAGAAGAUUCAAAAAGUUGUAUGCUGAUAGGCAAGACAUUUUAGUUCCAGAUAUCUUUUGGGAUUACACAAGUGUGAAAGUGCUAACAAUGGACUGGGUAGAUGGAGUGAAACUAAAUGAACAAGAAGCAAUUGAGAAGCAAGGUUUGAAGUUACUGGAUUUGGUUAAUACUGGUAUACAAUGUAGCCUUAGACAGCUGCUUGAAUAUGGCUACUUUCAUGCGGAUCCCCAUCCUGGUAAUCUUCUUGCUACACCUGAAGGGAAGCUAGCAUUUCUUGAUUUUGGUAUGAUGAGUGAAACUCCAGAAGAAGCAAGAUGUGCAAUUAUUGGCCACAUUGUUCAUAUGGUUAAUCGUGACUAUGAAGCCAUGGCCCGGGAUUACUAUGCUUUGGAUUUUUUAUCGUCUGAUGUUGAUGUUUCCCCAAUUGUGCCUGCACUCAAAAAUUUUUUUGAUGAUGCACUUAAUUCAACUGUGAGCGAACUAAACUUUAAAACCAUUGUGGAUGGUUUAGGUGCUGUUUUAUAUCAAUAUCCAUUUGAUGUUCCAGCAUACUAUGCACUGAUAUUGAGGUCACUUACUGUCUUGGAAGGUCUGGCUCUUUAUGCAGAUCCAAAUUUUAAGGUGCUUGCUGCCUCAUAUCCUUACUUUGCUAAAAGGCUACUAACUGAUCCUAAUCCAUAUCUCAGAGAUGCUCUCAUCGAGUUGUUGUUUAAAGAUGGCAGAUUCAGGUGGAAUAGGCUUGAAAAUCUUCUUGUCCAGGGAAGACAAGAUAGAGAUUUUACUACCAAAGAGGCUUUACAACCAGUGCUGAAACUAUUAUUGGAUCCUGAAGGUGAAGAACUACGUGUUCUUGUGGUGAAAGAGGCUGUUUAUGUUACUGAAGCUGUUGUCUUGGGCACCAUGAUUAACUCAUACAACUCAAUUCCUGAGUUUAUGAGGACUCUGAUAUCAAAUGGCAAUCCAAUUGGACCGUUUAAGUUGAAUCAUGAUGAACAAGAACGAAUGCUUGAACUUCGAGAUAGGGUUUUCAGAAUAUGGAGUCUGUUGAGAUCCUCUGAGAAUUUUGAUCCUAGCCUUCUGCAACCUAUAUUACAGGUUCUUCAAGAACCUGAAGCUCGCAAUCUUGGCAAUCGUGUUGUUGGAGGUGUAACACAACGUCUUGCUGCUAGAUUGCUGCAGCAAAUCCUUCGUUCACCAGUGGGUGUCUCGAGCCAAUGAUACUAUAUUCCUUUAGAAGCACAGUUAUACCAAGAGACACAAUUUGGUGAAUGAUCUGCUAGCAUUGCUCCAUAUUUCAAACCUUGGUGUAUUUCUUGUCUUUCUGGUGAACUUCCUAGUCUCUGAAUAUCAUCUUCACACUAAUUGAACAUUAAAACUAAUGAAAUUAAGGUGAAAAUGGAAUAAAAUUUCUGUAGGUAAAGAAUGAGGGUAUUUAUUGGAAAAGUAAAUACACUCUUUCUCUAGGUCUAUGUUGAUCUGAUUUCAUGAUUGGUAUGUCAUUCAUGGCUGAGUUUAAAAUGUUAGCCUGAUGAAGUUUGAUGUCCAUCUAAAAUGGUUUGAACAAUUGAAUUUCCAUGAUCCAAAUAAAAAUGCAGUUGCUUUGUUGAUGGCCAUUUUAGGUGAUGGUGCAGGCGUUGCAGUGCGCCCUUAUAUCAUGUGAUAAGCUAUUGCCAUAAUUUUCCCUUCAUGUUGCUUUAUUUGAUAACCUAUUGAAGCCAUGAAAUAUUGUGGUAGCAUGCAUUUUAUUUUAGGCUUCUCUUUUGCAUAUUCCUCCACGAAAUCUUAAUGCUAUUGCAGGAAACUGUGUUUUUUGUAAUUAUAUGCAACUAUAUGCUAUGUUUGUCGUUAUUGCAACACAUCCCCAAUGCUAUGCUGUGUUUUUUGUUUUUGUCAAAGUACUCUACAUCUCAGUUGACAAUGCUGAAUAAUUACCCAACUUAACAAGCCUGUUAGCAUAGGACAAUUCAUAAACAUACUCAGCUCAGUUUUUUUUUCAAAGUACUCUACAUCUCAGUUGACAAAGCUGAAUAAUUACCCAAGUCUGUUGAGAAAGCCCUAAGAAAAGAAAAUCACCAUUGUUAUUUCUGAGUAACCCACUCGCUGUUCCUAUCAAAUUACUAGGACAAGCUCCAUACACAUUAAGUUUAAGUUUUAACCCAGUUUCUCUUAGAACCCUUCUAUCCCUGAGGCCUUUCCAUACAGUUUUGCCCUCUACUAGCUCUAAUGAGUAGAUACCCGGGGACUAAUUUUAUUUUAUUUUUUUUAUAAAUGAGCUUGUAUUAAGCUGGAUGACAACUAAUUACAACAAGUACCGAUACAACCCCAAAUUGAAACUGGAUCUCUCAGCAAACAAGGGAGCACACAACCUGUAAAAACUAAGCAUACAAAAAACAAGGAUAACAACUAAGAACAUCAUCUAAAACCUUCACAAUAAGAAUAUAUGGAAUUGGAAACAGGAAUUUAGAAACGGAAUUAUUCU